AUGCCAGGUCGGUCAGACUGGAUGUCGAAGGCAGUGAAGAUCCAGGCUGAGCGUCUCCAAAGAGAAAGCCCAAGCCUUGGUGACGUGUCGGACUCCGACAGAGUCAAUAUUCCUCUAGUCAAGCUCACCGAAACAUUUUCCUCGAAUGAGGAAAACAGCCAGACUGUGGAUGAGAAGGACACGACACCACUGGACCAAAUCGGUCAUGGUUUAUUUCAAGAGCAGGUCGCACCUCACGACAAUGCCGAGGACGUGACGAUUGUAGCUGCUCAGGCUGGCUCAGAAGACACUAACUGGAUCUACGACUUCUGUGAAGACUAUCACUGCACUGCUUAUCUAUACUCCUUGGAUGAAAGUCAUGGCGACGAUUUCCUCACACCCAAAUCCAGAAAAGGCCAUGAGGCAAGUGCCUACCUCACCUACAUCAUCGAUAAUUACUACCUCCUUGCACCUUACACAAUUUUCAUACAUGGUCGAGAGGAUCAAUGGCACAACGACGUUGCAGGCCCGCAUACUCGCAAUGUUAUUGCAAAUCUUCGUUAUGAGGCCGUGGCUAUCAACGGAUAUGUGAACUUGCGAUGCACAAACCGACCGGGAUGUCCGAGCACAAUGCGCCAGGCUUUCCCAGUGGGUAUUGAUUUUGAUUAUCAAUACAUGAUUGAUCAACUUCCUCAGAUCCUCUGGGAUCUGCUCAGAAUCCCUUCAAGUGAAGUCCCUGAGGACAUUGGCCAUCAAUGCUGUGCACAGUUUGCUGUCAGUCGCGCACGUAUUCAGGAUCGGCCUUUGGAGGAUUACAUCCGCAUCUUGAACUGGAUUGAAACUACCGAUAUCACGGACAAUUACGGACUUGGCUGGUUAAUUGAAAAGCUCUGGCAUAUGGUUUUUGGUAUGCCUGCUGUGUAUUGUGCUUCAGAGGCCCAGUGCCGCUGCGAUUUGUAUGGAUGGUGUGGUCCAAAUCCAUUGACUGGUAAUAAUAUCCUCACUCCUAUA